AUGGCACGGCACCGGAAUCAAUCGCUUCACGAAUGCGAAAUACACUUCGAAGUCAUCCAGGAGUUUGAAUCACCGAGCCAUGGUGACAAUAAAAAUCUACUUGGAAGGAUCAAAUUGAAUCUUUGCGAAUAUGUGGACAAAAGCGAUGACGAAGAGGGUAUCGUCAGGCGAUACUUGAUGCAGGACAGCAAGAUAAACAGUACCCUCAGAAUCGGGAUAGCGAUACGCCAGGUAGAAGGUGAUCGCAACUUUACCACUCCUCCUCUCAAAUCCGCUAUGGUCUUCGGGGGUAUCGCAGGGGUCGUCUCCUCAGAGCAGGGAGAUCCAGUCGAUCUAGGACGUCUCCCUUCUUUGAGCAGCCAAAGUACGGAGGUUUCAGACUUGCAAGACAUGUAUCGACGCACUUUGGCUGCUUCCUGGAAUUCGAACUCGGACGACCUGCCAGCGGACAAGCUGAUCGAGGAGCUAUUUUCCGGUCGCGUCAGUUGGCACAACGAUGUCCAGGAUUCGAAAACUACCAAAGCGGCUGACCAGGGACUAUCUCCUCAUAGUGCAGGAGGCGCAAAACCGAACGUGUCAUCGCACCGAUUAUCUCCAGGAUUUGAGAGGCGCGGGAAGAGCUCGUCGAGCAAUCAGUUCCCCAACGAUGGCAGAUUACCUGGGUUCCCUGCGGGUGCUGGUCACUCUAGGAAGAACGCGAGCAUGGAUAAUCAGUUUUAUGACAACACCAAGCCCGGCGUAUGGAAGAGUCGUAAUACGGACUAUGAACUGUCUGAGUUUGACAUUCGAGAAGAUUUGAGGAGCUGGGAGAUCGGAACGCAAGGGAAUGAGAUCAUCGGGCAUUUCAUCCGUCUGGAUGUACUUUCCUCGCUCCUCCACAUGCUCGUCCGAUCCUCAACUAGCACAGUUGGGCUCCUGAGUUCUCAGGUCCCCCGCGAUUGCACAAGAUGCCGAUUCCCCUUUCCAUUACAUCAACGCCGCGUCUUCGUCCGAUUCCAAAGCACCGAUAGUGACACCCAGAAUACCGAGUCCGAGCCGCGCUUCAAACGCAAACCUAAACGGCGGCCCCGUUUCAAAAAGGAAGAAGCUAAGAGAGUGCCGAUUGGGGUGACAGCUCUGGGCAAACCCGGAGAAGUUGUCGUUGUGUCGAACCCUCGACGUCGCCGCCCACUGCCCCAGAAUACACAGGAGAAAAGCACCGACAGUAUCGACAAAAAUGCUUUACCUUUCAUGCUAAAUGAAUUGGAAGACAACGAGGACAUACUGGAUCCCUCCACUGUCAACGAGAGAAUUGAAAGUUUCUGCGCGCCGUAUCUUCCGCGUGCGAAACUUACCUUAACCGACUGGGAUGGUCUUCGGACCAGACUCCAGCUAUCCUUUACCACUCGACAGCUGUCGGAUUAUGUAUCACAAUUUGCACGAGAUGCACCGAUGUCGCCUGAGUCACGAAUCAAGCAUGGGAAGGUAGAUACCACGGAAUGGAAGCCUGGCACUUCGGCCUUCUUCGAGACCGGUCCAGGAUCCGCGGGAGGAGUUGCUGACAGAGUCGCGACAUCACAAUCUCUCAGUGGAAAACAGCUGAUUUCGGAGAGAAUACUCAGAGAUUGUUGGCAUCUGGGCAUCAUUGACGAGAUUGGACAACUGGAUGUUCGCCUUCCAUCGCAAUCAUUGACUUUGCUUCUCAACUCAAAACACUUUUCCUUCGAGGAAUUGGCGAGUCUCCAUGACGCAAAGAUUGAUGUUACGAAUUCCCUUGGUCUCGUGAGGAUCACUGGCAGACAGAAUUCAUGCGAAUCCAUUCGGGACAUUGUUUACGAUGCGAUUACCCGGAUACGAGAGGAAGAGCUCGCCUUGUUUUCAGAUGUCGCGCUGUCCAAAGAUUAUGACCGUGUCUUCAGCGCUGACUUUCUAUCAUGGAUAAGCAAAACCUACGGUGUUGCGUUUGAGCAGGAUUCGGGUUGUCCAAGCAAGAUUUUCUACCUCGUUGAGAACAAGCAGGACGCAGACAACGCUCGGAGGACGUUGAAUCUGGCAGUUUACGAAACUUCGGCCCUUCCGGUGCCAUUUGGGACAUAUCUGCCUUCCUCGGAACCAGUCUCCGUCUACAAUGUUGACUUGGAGGGUAAUUUGUCCUGGUUCAAUCGGCAAAGUUCAUGGUUCCGGUGGGCUUUCCCGUCCGCCCAGACAGCUGAAAUGACGACUCUCGACACACCGUUGUUUGAUAAACAUCAAACACGUCUUUCAGAUGAAUUGUUGAAACUGCUACGACAGUCUUCUAAGACGAAUGAUGGUAGCGUCGAGGUGCAUGAGAGCCUGACAGCUACUGUUGGCAGAUGUCUCUUCUUGCGGAAGCCUUCCUUCCAAGAGGCCGAGCUAACCGCGCCUCAGUUGGGAAAACUGUCUCUUCCUCGGGCAUUUGCUACCGAGAUCCCUCGAGUAACGUCUUUUCUACGCAUGUUGACUCCUCAUCUUCCGGAAGAGCCUCAACGGCCACACCGUAUCCGCCUGGUCCCUUCAGCCAUCCACGCACGAGUCUUCCCGCAGCUUGAGCUGGAGGUUACGGUGCAAGGGACGCGCGAUAGCCUUGAUUCCGGAAACGGACUUAUCAUGCGCAAUGUGAAGGCUGUCCUGUCCGAAAACAAUGUGGACUAUUUACUUCCUGAGAGCGGGUUAGACCUCAGGUUCGCUCGACAGCUCACUCGCGAUCUAUCCGAGGACCCGGCCUUGAACGAGGUCCAUGACACAUUGAGUGGGCUUUUCUCCAAAUCUCUAUCAAACGAUAUCGAAGUCCCUCUCCCGACAUUCGCCCAGAUUACGCUGCCCAACGAUGUCCUACGCCAGCCGGCUAACGCCGCAGGGCCAACUGGAUACUCUUCUGGAGAAUAUAUGUUCCUUCCCGUCAAUGACAUCCGAGGCACACGUAUUCAUCGGUAUGAUUUCAAGGGCCAGCAGCUCAACUAUGCAUUUUAUGAGAGCGGCCCGUUCAAUGCUCCCAGAAGCACGGAUCUUUUCCUGAGCAUGGACCUCACAGGUGAAGGCGACGCAGGAGAAGUGCCCGCGCAACGCGAAUUUGGUUCAUUCUAUAAUGCUGCAUGUUCAUUGGCGUUUGAAUUGGAUAAGGUAUGGCGUAUGAUGUGA